AUGCCGACCGCGCGGCUUUGUCGACUGCUCCAAUGCAUGCUGCUGGCAGCCAUCGGCGCUCAGCUGGUCUGGUGCGCUGGCGAUUCGAACGGCCAUCAAGAUGCCGGCCUGUCUUUCGCCGAAAAGUUCCAUCUCAGAAAUCCGUACACGGGCGAGACCUGGUCCGAGUCCGAUUACCAGCGCCUCCUAGAUCAAGCUUCCUCGCAGAUCGACGGUCCAGAAUUCUAUGAGAAGCAGUGGCAAAAGUUCAAAAGAAUUGGAUCCGACAUGUUGCGAGCUGCCGGAAGCAUCGCAACGCCUGCAGAUCUGGUUCGACAUCGUCAGUAUCUCGACUACGUCUCGGAGGAUGGCAAGCACACGCGUACAGUGUUCCUCAAAAUGGGCGACGUGCUGCCCUCGAACCCGAUGGGUGUCUACAACCCGGAUAUCUUGGUCUUUAUGCAUUCCGUCCAGGUCCUCCGCGAUACCGAUGCUGUGUAUCAUCUCGAGCCCAGGUACUUGCUGCGCGGCUCGCCUCAAGGCACGAGGCAGUCGAUCGAUGGCAUGCCUGGACAUCAGAUCGUCUGGCAGAAACGGACAGCGUUCAAAAAGAGCUACACCUGGCUCGACAAGCUCCCGGAACUGUUUCAGUGGCCAGUGCUCGAUUCGGUCGAGCGUCUGGGCUUUAAUCCAAGAACAGUCGAGAGGCAGGUGGCUCGCUUACCGCAAGAAGCCGACAAUAGCCUCUAUUCACCCACGCGGAGCGCGAGGAUGGCCAACAUCUUGGAGCAGAGUCGACGAUACUUGACCCAGUUCGCAUCUUCGAGAAGCGAAGACAGUCUCGUAUGGUACAGUCUCAUGUCGAACCCGGUCGACGGUGAAGCCCGACUACCAUGGUUUGAGACUCCGAUGUUCGAGCACUUUGAUCUCAACAGUGGCCAUGUCGAGCUCAAGCUGUACACGUUCGAGGGCCGGAAAGCCGCGGUGCUGGAUCGUGUCAUGUACGUGAUGGCGGAAAGCCGUCAGGGCCGAGCUCGUCUCGUACCGCGGGCCAUCGUACGACCAACGCAACUCUACCCGGCACUGCGCUUUGAGACGGUGUACACCGUUCCGCCCAGUCUGCAGGAAGCCGCGAGCGUGCAGCUGUCGUACAUUCCCCACCUCACUCGGCCCGUGCCCAGGGGAGAACCGCACCGUCCUCUGCAAGCCAUGAUGAGUAGGAAAAGGCCCAUAGGCCAUCCACUCGACUUGCUUCAUAGCAGUGCUAUGCCCACGGAACUUCAAGAGGACGACGAUUUAGCGGCAAAGAAAGCACGACGGCUAGACGCACCCACCUACGGGGCGUCUUCUUCACGAUCGGCCUUCGCCAAUGUGGACGCGCACGAUCGAGGCUCGGCUCGAGCUCCCCAGAUGGUUUCUCUGAACAGUCUCCAAUUAGCACCCGUCAGUAAUACGCAGAGAUCUCCGGCUGACGUCAGGCAGAUUCCGCAAGCGACGGAGGAUUCAGAGCUCAUCUUUCCAGAGAGCCCGAGAUUGGUGCCCGGGUUCGAGACGCCACCACCCCCGCCCACGAACGCCUUUCGACGACCUCAGGCUCUGAGCAUGCACCAGCAAGCAAUCUGGGAUGCGCAGCCGGCAGGACAGCCGUCAAGAUUCGAGCAUCGUCCGUCACAAACGGUGCCAUCGCCUCAACAGCAACCCCGCUACUUUCACUAUCGACCUGAUGAAGCCAACCCAUACGAGCUUCCGCGCGACAAUCCAAUCGACGUCUUGACGGCGCACCUCGAUCCUCAUCUCGAAGACGCGUGGCAUUUGCACCGUCCUUGA